AUGGGUGGCUUUGCAGCCCAUCUUCGAAGGAAUCAGUUCAUCCUCCUGGUGCUCUUUCUUUUGCAAAUUCAGAGUCUGGGUCUGGACGUUGAUAGUCGUCCUACGACUGAAGUCUGUGCCACACACAUAGUUUCACCAGGACCCAAAGGAGAUGAGGGUGAAAAAGGAGAUCCAGGAGAGGAGGGAAAGCACGGCAAAGUGGGACGCAUGGGGCCGAAAGGAAUUAAAGGAGAACUGGGUGAUGUAGGAGACCAAGGCAAUAUUGGCAAGACCGGGCCCUUUGGUAGGAAGGGUGACAAAGGGGAAAAGGGUUUGCCUGGGAUACCUGGAGGAAAAGGCAAAGCAGGGACUGUCUGUGAUUGCGGAAGAUACCGAAAAGUUGUUGGACAACUGGAUGUCAGUGUGGCUCGCCUCAAGACAUCAAUGAAGUUUGUCAAGAAUGUCAUAGCAGGGAUUAGGGAAACCGAAGAGAAAUUCUACUACAUCGUUCAGGAGGAGAAGAACUACAGGGAAUCCCUGACCCACUGCCGGGUCCGGGGUGGAAUGCUAGCCAUGCCGAAGGAUGAAGCUGCCAACAUGCUCCUGGCAGACUACGUCUCCAAGAGUGGCUUCUUCCGGGUGUUCAUCGGGGUGAACGACCUUGAGAGAGAGGGCCAGUACGUGUUCACCGACAACACUCCACUCCAGAACUACAGCAACUGGAAGGAGGGUGAGCCCAGCGACCCCUACGGCCACGAGGACUGUGUGGAAAUGCUGAGUUCAGGCAGGUGGAAUGACACAGAGUGCCAUCUUACCAUGUACUUUGUCUGUGAGUUUGUCAAGAAGAAAAAGUAA